AUUUUGGGCAACUGUUUAUAUUGACCGCAGAAAGGGUGCAUGCAAAAAGCGAAAUUAGAAGUCAUUUAUGAACAUGGUUUAUAGAACUGGUUUACUUGCUAUAACARCAUUAAUAAUUCUUCUAAAUCUGUCCGUCUGCUCUGGUCUAAAAUGUACUGGUGGAGUUUACACGUCGGUCAAUACUAAAUGCCAACUUUAUUGUGGUGAAAAGGACAAGUGCUUGUGUGCAAAAGAUGAAAACCCUUCCAAUAUUGAUGGUUGCUUACAAACAUGUACUAAGUCUUCUGCAAUCCCUAGCAAACCUAACAUCACAAUUAACAAAUGUCUAGACAUGGAAUGUACUGGACUGAAAUCUUGCCACCAAGUCUGCCGUAACCAAGAAUGCAGAAUGCAAUGCAAAUCCACAGAUACAUGUAUCCAAGAAUGCAAUGGAGGUAACUGCACAAAACUAGUCUGCUCUGCACCAAGAUGCAAUCAGCAAUGCGAAGGCUGUACAAUGGAGUGUACAAAAGAUGUAAAGGAAUGCAACCAGCAAUGCCAUGGAGGGACAUGUCGCUCUGUGUGUGCAGCUGGGAAAUGCCAUGCUAGCUGUGUUGAGGCUGGACAAUGUAAUCUAAGUGGCUUUGUUUUGGGUUUAUAUUAUAAGUCAUUUUAGAAUAAUCUGCAAUCACUGGAAUUUGUGCCAUUUUGUUUUAGAUAAAAAGAUUUUUUAUAAAAAUUCAUCUAAAUUACUUCAAGUUAUCAGAUGGAUUAUUAUAUUUUCACCUUAAACUCAAUCUGUCACUGAACAUUAAAGUCAAGCAAGAAUUAAUAUAUAAAAGUCUGUAAUUUCCAUCCACAUUUGCAGACUAGAAUCGCUCACUAUGCAAGCUGCACACUACUUUGCACAUAUUUGUAAUUUUUCAUAAUAAAUUUAAUGUAUAUUGCU